CUUUGCGCGCAGUCAUUUCCUCGACUUGGAGAGACGCGCACACGGUGGCCUGACACGGUUCGCUGUGGCGCACAGGAGCUGCGGCUGGAUGUCGGAGGAUCAGAAGGAAACGGCGCAAUAAUCCCUAAAUGUGAUGAGAAUAUAGACUUAAAAAAACAAAAACAAAAGAAAAGAAAACUCCAGGAUAAACUGACGCACAAGAGGGAGAGAAGAUUCUUCAACCUGCUUUGCUGGGGAUUUGGAAUUAAUAUCUUAUUUCUAUCCAAAAGCCGUUUAAGUUAAAGAUGUUGCAGCAUUGCUCCCUCCUGCUGUUGCUAUGCGUGACACGGCUGCUCUGCCCCUCCGCCGCCUUGCCCUUCGAGCAGAAAGGCUUCUGGGACUUCGCCAUGGACAGUAUGGACAGUAUGGACAGCGGCGGCAUGAUGACGAUGAUGAGGGAUGAGGAAGAAGGCUCGGCCAUCGAGGAGAUCCUCCCCCCUGACAUACCCAUGUGUCCCUUCGGAUGCCUCUGCCGGCUCAGGGUCGUCCAGUGCUCUGACCUCGGUUUGACUGAAGUGCCCAAAAACGUUCCUCCAGACACCAAGUUCCUGGACCUGCAGAACAACCGUAUCACCGAGCUUAAAGAGAAUGACUUCAAAGGCCUUUCUAACUUAUAUGGUCUGUCUCUGAGGAAUAACCAUAUUUCCAAAGUCCACCCCAGAACUUUUAUCCCUUUGAAGCACAUGCAGAAACUCUACUUCUCCAAGAAUCUGCUGACCACUAUCCCCAAAAACUUGCCUGCGUCUCUGGUUGAGCUGAGGAUCCACGAGAACCGCAUCAAGAAGGUGGCAGCUGGAGCCUUUUCAGGGCUGGGCAACAUGAACUGCAUAGAAAUGGGAGCAAACCCCAUCCAGAACAGCGGUUUUGAGCCUGGAGCGUUUAAGGGACUGAAACUGAAUUAUCUGCGUAUAUCAGAGGCCAAACUAACUGGAGUGCCAAAAGAUCUCCCAGAGAGUCUCAGCGAGCUUCAUCUGGACCACAAUCAGAUCCAGGCGGUGGAACUGGAGGACCUGAGCCGCUACAAAAACCUCCACAGGUUGGGCCUCGGCUUUAACCACAUCCGUAACAUAGAGAAUGGCAGUCUGUCCUACCUGCCCAGGCUGAGAGAGCUGCAUCUGAACAACAACCGCCUCACUCGUGUUCCCGGAGGCCUCCCAGAUAUGAAAUACCUACAGGUGAUUUACCUCCAUUCCAACAGUAUCAGCCAGGUUGGCAUGAAUGACUUCUGCCCCCGAGGAUUUGGGAUGAAGAGGACUUUCUAUAAUGGCAUCAGCCUGUUUGCUAAUCCUGUCAACUACUGGGAGGUGCAGCCGGCGACGUUCCGCUGCGUCAGCGACCGGCUCGCUAUUCAGUUUGGCAACUACAAAAAGUAAAAGAAAAAUGAAGAUGCUGGGAGAUGGAAAGAGUGAGGGGAAGGUGGUGGAGGAAAGAGGGAGGAGCAGAUAAUUUAAACAAUGAUGCAAACUUGAGAGAUGGAGUGAAGGGAGUUCAUAUUUGAGAUGAUUAAUUUUAUUAUUAAUAUCAUUUUUGUAAAGAGGAGUAGGAGCGAUGGAGAAGAUGGGCAAUAAACUGAUGAAAUAGAAAGCAAAAGUGAAAAAUACAAUCCCAUAACUUGAAGGGAGUGGGAAGCAAAAUGCUUGCGGCACUGCAUCUGAGUUUUGUUUUUUUUCCCGCAUUUUUGAAUUUGAGGUUUUCAAAGUUUUGCCAUUUGGAACAGAUGAAAAAGAGGAGAACGUGUGAGAAGAAUGUUUUUUUUUUUCACCCCCAAGCCUACAUCGAUGACAAAUGAGUGCUGAAAAAUUGUAAAACAUUUCAUUCCGUAUUUUUUGACAAUAGUUCCUUUUGUGAUAGAGAUUCUUCUUCUGUUAACAUUUUUGCUGAGAUUAUGAGUAAAAAAUAGAAAAGCAGUGCAUUAUAGAUUUCUAUAUGUAUACAUAUAUGUGUAUAAGGUGCUCUAUUUGACUUUCUGUGUGUGUUGAUUUGGUUAAUACAUCACAUUAUCCCCGUUUCCCCAAUCUGAAGCCAUGUGGAUCUUAACUUUGUGAAUAAUUAUACUAUACUGUAAUAUGAAACAAGUAGUCACAAAUUUGGGGCUAUUUUCCACCACCAGACACAAAAAAAUGCACCAAAAAGAACCUUAAUUGAUCAAAAGGGCAAAAAAGUGCCUUUAAAAUGGCCCGUAUCCGAGCUAAAUAUAUUUUCUUAUUGAUUUUAUUCAACUGAACCACGAGCCUGCCUAUGUAAGGAGUCUUUUCUGUGCCUUUACUAAAUAUUAUGCUAUCUGAGCGAUACCUUAGUACAGUAUUCCUUAAGGGGACAUUGAGGUAGUUGAGGUGAGCCCCAGGUAGAGAAAACACACAUCCGCUUUGCUUUGAGAAAAUGAAGGCAGUGUGCUCACAUAUUGCUACGAACAAUAGUAGUGUUGAUGCAUUGUUUUGCACAGUUUUUUUUCUUCUGUUAUGCUUUAUCUGCUUCAGGGUUACUGGGGGGUUAACCUGUUUACAUUGGUAGACCACAUGCACCUAGUUUAGCCACAAGUAUUACGUCCUGUCUCUGUCCUGUAAUCUGACAUCCUACUGCUGCAUGUGAAUAAAGACUUUUUUUUUUUAGCCUGCUGCAUUAAACUAGAGAACAACUGA